GGGACAGUUCCACCCGCCCCUGUUCCCCCAGCUCCUCCGCCCCUGAGAGGCCUCCAAGGAGACCGGCCAGAGUGAGGCGGCAGCCCCUCUCCUCUUCCCCCCCAGUUGCCAUCCCUACCCUCCUGGCUGUCCCCUCCCCCAAGGCAGGGCCAACUCUCUGCAAAGCCAGGUCCAGCUGGAGAGCCGGGAGUGACCCGCUCCGCCAGGCCUGGCCGACGGAGGGUGCAGGCGCGGCACAGCCCAGGGCCUGGUGGGGUCCCGGGGGCCUCGCUGGACGGCUGAGGACCCUGCUCACCGAGCUCAGCCUGCCGAGGGCUGGCUCUGAGGAGACAUGAGCACAGAGGGCUCCAGUCUCUCCAGCCCCAGGGCCGCCAGCCCCCAGGACGCCUUCACGGCUCCUGUCACCCCUGGGACUCUCACCGGGGCGACGGACCCCCUCCCAGUGCUCAUCGCCCUGGCCUGCAUCUUCCUCCUGCUGGCUUCUUGUCUACUGUUCCUGAUCCUCUGCAGGCCGGCUGCUCUGGACCCCCGCCACCGCAGGGCCCGCGAGUGCAUGCCCCACCACCCCGAGAGCCCCAGCGAGCCCCGGCUCCGGCUUUGGAAGCGCCUGGGCUCCCUGCGCCGCUCUCUGCACGGCUUCCGGAGGGAGCGGCUCACGGCCCCUCCACGGCCACUGCCAGGCCACGACAACACCCCGGGCAGCUGUGACUGCACGGAAUCGACCAAAAUGUGACAGGCGUUUCCAAACAGAUGCCCCCACUAUCCUCCACCCCCGGCAGAUCCUCCCGCCUGGGACUUCUGGGACGGCAAGACAGCGGCCCAAGCCACCUGGGCCCUGUGCUCACCUCCAGGGCUGCCCUGGGCGCCCAGCCAGUGUCCUUUCCCAAAGGUGAUCCCUGAACAGCACCCUCUUUUCUGUGGACCUCUUGCUGCUCUUGCUAAAAGAUCCCAGGAUCAAGAGGUGAGCUCUCCUGGCCAUCUGUGCCCUUGGCCUGAGGCUCUGGGGGUGCAACCUGGAACUCUCUAGGGUCCCUUUCUGGUAACCAGGCACCAACCACUCCUGGAAACAGCACCCCUGUCCCCCAAGAGGAAGUCUGCCCCUGAUUCCAGGGCCAAACCCAGCUCAGCCUAUACCCAGGCAGGGCCCUGUCCUACCACCUGCACCAUCUCGGUGCCCAAGGCAAAGGGACCCAGGGACUCCUCGUCUUGGUUUCCUGCCCUGCCAGCAUCCGCCUGCUGACCCGUGGACAGCCUCAGCCUCCUGGUGAUCAGACGCCUGGGUGCUGGCUGGGGGCCCUGGACCCCUGUCUUAGCAGCCCACUCAGCUGCCCAGGCUGGAACUGACCAGGAAGGGGCCGGGAUGGGUGAAGAGGUUCCUGCCAGAAGCCAGGAAGAGGCUUGUCAGCAUGCAAGGGGGCUGGCCACCGUCAGCAGCUUGAGGGAUGCCACUGGCCUCUGAAGACACAGAACACAGGGAGCCGCCUUCCCUCUGGUAUGCUACCAGACCUCCAGGACAGCCGCAGGUCCUCGGGCCUGGACCACACAAGUCCGCUGUCCAUGCACCUGGCUACUGACUGACCUGCCAAAGGAAUCCCGCCCAGGAUGUCCUUCUUAGAACCCCAUGUCCUUGGCCUCUCUUCCCAAGGCCAAUGCUAAUCACUUUGGUUGGACAUCAGAUUUGGAGCCUGGGAAGAGGGGACCUAAAAUGUCCAGCCCCUGUCCCAGAGUCAGCGGGACAGGCCCCACCCACAGUGACCCACAGUGCGGCUGGCCAGGUCUCCUUGAGGACUGAGCUCUGACUGUGCCACUUCUCAGCUCUGAUCCUUCACCGGGGCCCUAAUGCCCACGGGCUGUGCCCACGCCACUGUGAGCAGAGGACUCUGGGAGCUGGCCCAGUUCAUCUUUUACCCUCACCUUGACCCGAGACCACCUGGCCUCUCCACCGGGGGCGUGUGCUUCCCCCCGAGGCCUUCUGUGCAAGGCCUUUCUUAGUCCUCCAAGGGAGCUGCCCUCCUGCCUGGAGCUCCGUGCCCACCUGUCAGGGAGCCGAGAGCAGCCUCCUGUGGGCAGCGGGUGGCAGUCUUGUCCGCACCCUCUCUUCUGCCAGCCUGGGAGCGCAGAGAGCCAGUCCUUGCUUUGACUCACCAGCUCUGGCAGAGGCGUGGGGCCCGUUACUGGAGCGAGGGUGGCCCCGCUGCCAGCAUCCCCCUCCCAGGGCAGCAGGGGUCCUGGCGGAGCCUGCCGAGCACACCACCCCGAGUCCCGCUGCUGCUCCUACAGGACCACUGCCUCCGGCUGGCCUGGGUGGAGACAUCACUGUCUUUCUCUCUGGCUUAGCGAGACCUCAAAGAGGGAGCCCAGCUUUGCAAAAACUCUUACCAGGGCCUGGGAGAAGGCACCCUAAGGCCCCGAAGUUCUCCCUGCAAAGUAGGGGACAAGGGGGAGCCCGAUGUCACUCAAGAACUCUAGGGUGUCGGUCUGAGGACUGUUGUGUAGAUAGAAACCAAUUCUCGGGGCUGGGAAGUAAGGCAGGCCUCCCCCCACAGGUCUUGUUCUUCCCUCCCUUCCUGCUUGGUCACCCCUUCCUGGUUCACUUCCCCCAGGGCCUCUCCGAGACACCCCGGGCUGACUCAGUCGGUAGUGGGUCCAGCACCCCCAGGGUCCCCUGGUCAGCAGGCUCUGCUCUUGUGUUCUCUUCCUGGGGGGGGUGGGGGGUGGGAGGAGGCUCUCAAAGCUCUGGCUGUGCCCCUAAGUGGGCAGGCAGCGGCAGGUCCUGGGAGGCCUCUCAGGUACCACAGGGGGAGGCUCACAGCUUUAGGUGCAGGGCUCUGCAAGUCUGCACCAGCUGAGGCCUGAGCAGGGAAAUCCUUCUCCUUCCUCCUUCCAGAACCCGCCCCAGGCCUUGUAAGUCCCCAGGGCUUCCUAUCUCCCAGUUCCUUGGUCUCCUUUCCUGUCUCCACCUGUCUCCUGCUCCUCGUGGGGAACCUGGGCACACUCCCAGCUCCCGCUUCCUCCCAUCCCAGCACAGGAACCUGCCUGGCGGGCAGGCCCAGCUUUGCAGUGUUUGGCUGCCCCUCUGAGUGCAGCUGGAAAGCCCCUGAGUGGGGAAGGGAGCCAUUCUUCCCGCCCUCUCCCGGCAACCAGGCCUCAGGGCUGCGGAGGCGGGUCCUCCGGUUCCUUGGAGCCUCUUAGCUGCCACCCUACUCUAGGCCCAAAGAGCCCUUUCUUCUUCAGUUGUCUGUGUCCCAAGAGGGGAGCUGGGCCAAGGGCUGUGAAAGCCCCUCUGUUCUGGCCUCCGGGCCCUGGCUCUCUCUCCUCAGCUCCCUUCUGGGAAAGUGUGACCUCUGUGUCCCCUCUCCACUCUGAAAGGCCCUUUGGGGUGGGGUGGGGUGCAGAGGAGCUGGGAGAGAGAGGCCAAGGCCUUUCUGUUUGCUGGGGAGCCAGGCCCUGUCCCAGGUCCUCCUCAGGACCUCUCCCCUUUCCAUCCCCCCAUGCCAUAACGCCACCGAGUAGUACUCUCAGAGCCGAGGGUGGCCCUGCCUGCUCCCAGCCCGCCUGACCACGGGGUCCCGGGCCACCUGCCUGCACGAUGCUGUGGCCCUCGGGGAUGUCCUCGGGGACGCUGGCCUCGUAGCUGCUCUGCAGAAAGAUGGGCCGGUUGUCGUUCACGUCCAGGACAGUGACAAACACGGUGGCCGUGCCAGUGCGUCGCUUGCCUACGGGGCCGUUGUCUGUGGGAGUUUUAGGAGGACAGUUAGUGGCUUCCUGAGGGGCAGCUUUCCGGGCCCCUGCCCGCUCCUGGGCUCCAGCCAGACCCGCGCCCUGUUCUGCCCCACGGGCCGGGUGUUUGCAAUGGUGACUCUUUCUCUUCCCACCAUGACACCAACAGCACACAGAAACAGGACCAUGCACUGGGCACUGCUCUCAGUCCUCAGCCAUUUCACAGAGGAGGCAACUGAGGCACCCAGCAGGUGAAAUGGCCCAAUGCCUGGGGACCUGCGAAUGCUGAUUUUUUUUGGAAAAAGGGUCUUUGAAGAUGUAAUUAAGUUAAGGAUCUUGAGAAGAGAUCAUCCCGGACCUUCAGGUGGGACCUAGACCUAACAAUAAGCAUCUUUAUGGGAGAGACAUGCUGGGGGGGGGGGAGGUGCACGCCUGUCUGUAGGGCCAGCACUCGAGGGUCUGAGGCAGGAGGACUACAAGUUUAAGGCCAGCCUGGGCAACUGAGUCCCACUCUGUCUCAAAAAAGAAAAGAGACAGAAGGCAGAAGGAGACUUGAGACAGGGAGAAGGUCACAUGGAGAUGAAGCCACCAGCCAAGGAGCACCCACAGCCAUGGGAAACCGGGCGUCGGGGAAGGGUUCUCCCCUAGAGCCCCGGAGGGACUGCGGCCCUGCUGACCCCUCCUUGUGAACUUCCAGACCCAGGAGAGAUACAUUCUGGUGUUUCAAGCCACCCAAUCUGUGAUGCAAAUGGAGGACACAGACACAGGCUGUGAGAUGGCAGAGCCAGCAGCUGGGGGUGAGGAACAGGGGAGGGAGCUGUCCUCUGCUCCUGUCCAUCGAUGGUGGGCAGAAUGUGGGACACCCACGAUCACAAUUUCUCAAAAGAAAUGGAAUAUCUGAACUCUUAAA